GAAUGUAACAGAUCAUGAUUUAACAUUCAGAAGUCUAACAGAAGCCCUUCAGAAUAAUGUCACACCAUAUGUAGUCUCCUUGCAAGCUAAAGAUUGUCCAGAUAUGAAACAUUUUUUGUAAAAGCUGGUCUCACAGUUGAUGGACUGCUGUGUAGAUGUUGAAUCCAAAGAGGAGGAAAGUGUUCAGGUCACCCAGAAAAAGACACAUUAUUCAAUGGAUUCUCUUUCCAGUUGGUAUAUGAAUGUCACACAGAAGACAGACCCAAAAAUGCCAAGGAAAAAGAGGACUUCUAGACAAUGGCAGUCUCCUCCUGUUGUGCUUAUCUUAAAGGAUAUGGAAAGCUUCACCACAAAAGUACUCCAAGACUUCAUAAUUAUCAGCAGUCAACAUCUACAUGAAUUUCCACUAAUACUCAUUUUUGGAAUUGCCACAUCUCCUAUUAUCAUCCAUUGGUUGCUUCCUCAUGCAGUAUCAUCUCUGUUGUGUAUAGAACUUUUCCAAUCUUUGUCUUGCAAGGAGCACCUGACUACAGUACUUGAUAAGUUACUUCUUACAACUCAGUUUCCCUUUAAGCUAAGCGAAAAAGUGUUGCAGAUUCUGACCAACAUCUUUUUAUAUCAUGAUUUCUCAAUUCAGAACUUUAUAAAAGGACUUCAGCUUUCUCUAUUAGAGCAUUUCUAUUCCCAGCCUCUCAGUGUUCUGUGCUGCAAUCUCCCAGAAGCCAGGAGAAGAAUACAUUUUUUAUCAGAUAACCAGUGUGAAAACAUCCGACGUCUUCCAUCAUUUAGGAGGUAUGUGGAAAAGCAAGCUUCAGAAAAGCAAGUUGCGCUAUUGACGGAUGAGAGAUUUUUGAAGGAAGAAACACAAUCGUUACUAGAAAACCUGUAUGUUUACCAUACAAAUUAUUUCCUGGUUUUCAGAUGUCUUCAUCAAUUCACCUCUUCUCUUCCCAAGUACCCAAUGGGUCGACAGAUCAGAGAGCUGUACUGCACAUGUUUAGAAAAGAAUGUAUGGGAUUCAGAGGAGUAUGUGUCGGCUCUGCAGCUGCUGAGGAUGUUGGCAAAGGAUGAACUGAUGACCAUACUUGAGAAAUGUUUCAGGGUUUUUAAGUCCUCUUCUGAAAAGCAGCUUGGCAGCACAGCAAAGAGAAUAGAGGAGCUCCUGGCCCAGUUUCAGAGCCUUGAUGCAGAAGCCAAAGAUGAAGAAGAUACUUCUGGGUCACAGUCAAAGGGGCUUCAGAAGACAGACCUUUAUCAUCUUCAGAAGUCUUUACUGGAAAUGAAGGAGUUAAGAAGAACCAGUAAGAAGCAGACCAAGUUUGAAGUACUCAGAGAAAAAGUUGUGAACUUCACUGACAGUCUGGUGAGAGAAUAUCUUCUGCCUCCAGAGACACAGCGUCUGCACGAGGUGGUGUACUUCAGUGCUGCCCACACCCUUCAUGAGCACCUGAAUGCUGCUCCGCGAAUCGCCCUCCACACUGCACUCAACAAUCCUCACUAUUAUCUCAAGAAUGAAGCACUGAGAAGUGAAGAAGGCUGCAUUCGCAAUGUCGCCCCCGGCCUCUGCAUAGCAUAUAAACUGCACCUGGAGUGUAGCAGGCUGAUCAACCUUGUGGACUGGUCAGAGGCUUUUGCAACAGUUGUGACAGCUGCUGAAAAAGUGGAUGCAAAUUCUAUAACCUCAGAAGAAAGGAAUGAAAUUAUCCAUACUCGGUUUAUUAGAGCUGUUUCUGAAUUAGAACUUUUAGGAUUUAUAAAACCUACCAAACAGAAGACUGACCAUGUGGCAAGGCUAACAUGGGGAGGCUGCUAGAAAGCAAAUGAAUGAAAUUAGAAGGAUCACAUUUAGCUUAAGAGAAAAAGGAGACCAGUCAUAUUUACAUAUCACUAGAGGAAGACUGUUUUGGCGAGAAAU